GUCACUCACGUCGGUUCGUUCUCCUGGAUCGUGUGUCCGAUCCUCUCCUCUCCACGACGUACGAUCUCUCCGAACCCUCCCGGUACUAACUCGAGCGCGCUUACGCGAUAAAAACAUAUCUUAAACCCUUUUGAUUUAUCUGCUCUAGUAAGUAAUUAGAUGUAAUUUUAAAAUUAUCUCUUAGGGUCUGUAAGAACUAGUACUAAGACAGUUCGGAUUGACGGAACUUUGAAGGUCGCCGGUGCGUAAGGGAUUGUCCGGAUUGAAAGUGCAAAGUGCCAAGAGUGACCGGCCCCGAGCCGCUGACUCCCAUUUGCAUCUGUCAAGUAUUAGAUAGCUUGACCUUCGCGUCUGUCCGAGAUUCUGUAAUCUAAGUAGCAGCAGAUUAUCUAUCCGUCUAGGUUAUCCGUGGUGAUCGUUUGGAGUGCAAAAAGAAGCUUAGUUAACAAUCUUACCCUGCCUGCAGUGCGUGCCAAGAGCCCCAGAGUCCCAGCCAUUAGAUUGAGUGGAGUGUCCCCUGUGUCCAACCACACGUAGCCCCAUACGCAGUCAAAAUUCCGCGAGACACAUCGGACUCCUCCUCCAGCAUGGAACUGGAGAAAGCCCCCAACCUCCACGAGGAAGACUCCAAAGUUACCCUCACAAUCAGACUGAUCAUGCAGGGGAAGGAAGUUGGCAGUAUUAUUGGUAAAAAAGGAGAAAUUGUCAAAAGAUUUAGAGAAGAGUCCGGAGCAAAAAUCAACAUAUCUGAUGGAUCAUGCCCAGAAAGAAUUGUCACAGUCACUGGGAACACAAGUGCUAUAUUCAAAGCAUUCACACUCAUAUGCAAGAAAUUCGAAGAGUGGUGCUCGCAGUUCAACGAGGGCGGCGGCGGCGGGUCGCGCGCGCCCAUCACGCUGCGGCUCAUCGUGCCCGCCUCGCAGUGCGGCUCACUCAUCGGCAAGGGCGGCUCCAAGAUCAAGGAGAUCCGUGACGUCACCGGCGCUAACAUACAGGUCGCGAGUGAAAUGUUGCCAAACUCGACGGAGCGCGCGGUGACGAUUAGCGGCACUUGCGACGCCAUCACGCAGUGCAUUUACCACAUCUGCUGUGUCAUGUUAGAGGUGAGAACUAGCCCCCCGAAAGGCGCCACAAUCCCGUACCGGCCGAAGCCGACGGUGGCGGGCCCCGUGAUCCUGGCGGGCGGCCAGGCCUACACCAUCCAGGGGAACUACGCCGUGCCCGCGCAGGAUACGCUGCCGCCGGUGUUCCCGCUGCUGGAGAUGAAGCCGCCGCUGGUGGGCGCGCUGCCGCCGCAUCACCUGCUGCCGCCGCCGCUACACGACCACCACCUUAUGGGAGGCCUGGCGAAGUCUCCGUUGGCGGGUCUGGCGGCAUUAGGGCUCGGAGGGCUGGGACCAGCUAACUCAGGUGGAUUAAACCCCGCAGCCCUGGCCGCGCUGGCGGGCUCUCAGCUGCGCUCGUCGUCGGGCGGCCGCAGCCAGCCCGCCAGCAACCAGCAGUCGCACGAGAUGACCGUGCCCAACGAGCUCAUCGGCUGCAUCAUCGGCAAGGGCGGCACCAAGAUAGCAGAAAUCCGCCAGAUCUCUGGCGCCAUGAUCCGGAUAUCGAACUGCGAGGAGCGCGAGGGCGGCAGCACCGACCGCACCAUCACCAUCUCCGGGAACCCCGACUCUGUUGCGCUUGCGCAGUACCUCAUCAACAUGAGGAUCACGAUGGAGACGGCGGGGCUGCAGCUGCCGGGGUACCACUACAUUGCUCCGAACCACAUUGUGAAGGCCCCGAUCCAUUGAAUGGGGCUCCGCGGCCAGAAUUCCAGCGGCGCCUACAAGUUCUACCACACAGAGCGCACCUACUACGUGCCACCGCAAUACGGGACUCUGGCUCCGAUAUAUUUCUUCAAAUGAAUAUCGAGACCAAAAUUAUCUCCAACGAGGGACGGCGAGCGAUUGGCAGAUCACUAGAUAACGUGCUGAAACGUAUGUUUACAUUUGUUACGAGUUUAUAAGUAUUUUAGAUAUUCUUAUAUUUAUUCUCCUCUGUAUUAAUUGGUCGGAAAUGAAUAGAGAAUCUUGGGAUAAUGUGGGAUGAUAUGCAUAUAUUGGGAAUAUUGUAUCAAAGUUUUAAAAUGACUGAAGUUUUAAAAAAAUAUCGAUUAAUUAAUCUGUGAGCGGCGAACGUGUAAAAAUAUAUUAUUAUUAAAAUCUCACUCGAUGCACUAAAAGCAUGAAAAUUGUUCUGUUUUUCUGUGUUCCCCGCUCAACGGGUUAUGAAUUUAUAUCAAAGUACGCAAGUAACAAGAGUUAGCUAAGUUGAUCGAAUUUACUAUGGAUUUAAGAGGUCAAAUACUCAAUUAUAUAUUGAAAAAUUUUUCGUUGUAAUCAGUACUGACCAGACAUGAAUAAAAUGUUCAAAAUAAGUUAAAAGAGAGCGUCGGCGUACAGUAGGUGUAGAUGCGUUACUCGACCUCGACCCUGCUGGCGUAGCGUAGUGUUAGCAUAGCGACAGAGUGAGAGGGUUAAAGACAAUAUAUGUAAAUAAAAAUAAUGGUAAUAACCUGGAAAUUAGGUAUUACAGUAAUAGUUGCGUCGCUCGGAAGCGAUGCGGCGAUACGAAACCGGUGGGAUCAAAUCCUUUAAGAAACUUACAUUAAAGCAGACAGAGGCGAAGCGAACAUUUCACUAAAACCUUAAAAUCGUUAUGAUCACAAAAAAGACGUUAGUUGUAUAAAAAUAGUGUUGCUAAAUGUGAUAGUCUUCUAAUUUAUUUUACAUUUGAAUAAUGAGAUCUCUAACAUAUACUGCGAGUGCAUCGGCUACUGGAAAUUUUAUAUUGAGUAAAUAAUAUUGGUCUAGGGAUCAAAGCCAAAGAUUGUUGAAGUUUGUUUAACAUUAAUAAUGUUGUGGAUUUAUGCUAAAUUAUUCUGAGAGUAGUUAAUGUUUAGUGACGUAAUGUAGGGCAGUUUAUUUUAACUUAUUUUAUCACCCUCUCCGGACUGCUCAUCGUAUUUAGUAUUAGAUCAAUAUAUAGAUAGUCCUGUGGUAUUCAACGUAUUUCCAAAAAUCUUAAAAAAAAUGCCUAGGUUAAAAUAGAAUAAGAUAACUAUAGGACCACUGUAUUUGAAGGCUUUCCAAAAAGUCGUUUCUUUUAUGUGCCACUACAUGACAAAUUGGUGUGCCAAAUGUCUGAAUUUGUACUUGAUAACUAAUUAGGGAUAUUAUUUGAAUGCGAUGCAAUUUAAUUCGGGUAAUAAUAAUGUUAUAAUUAAAAUCAAGUUGAUAGAUGUUACAAAAUGUAUUCAUUACACAAUCCACAAAUGAAUGACUUAUUUUGCACUCUAGAUUUAAGAUACACAAUUAGACUUACAAAAUAGCGAAACAUAUCCCUAUUACAUAUUUCCCAAGUCUUCCCCUAUCUUUAUUUUUUCAUUAAAUGUAAUGAAUUAAAGAAUGAAUGUGCCAAAGUUGUGUUUACAUUUACAAGGAUUUGAAUGGAGAAUGUAAUAAGAUCCUAUUUCGUCGAUUUCGUCGACGUACAACUAGUCAAAUUGUUCUAAAUUAAAAAGACAAAUAUAUUAUUCUCUGCUAGUCAAAAUUGUUUUCCAAUUGGUAACUUUUAGGUUUUUGUAUUAAAAAAAAAUGAACUUUAUUUAUAUUUUGUUUUCACCACUAAAAGUUAUAUCUAUUUUUUAUGUGGUUUCGCUUAAAAGUAAAUUAGCAAUAAAAUUUUGAUAAAAUCAAUUAUUUAUAGUCUAAUGAAUUGCAAUUAAGAGAAUGUAUAGAGCUUUGUAAAUUAAGUACCAGACAGGUAUAAAUAUAGAUAAUCUAUAGAUGUAACUGAGAACAGUUCUCGAAGGCGUAGUAAGAGAAUAAAAGAGAAGAGAUUUGAUAGCUGUGAUUAAAGUUUGGUGGCACUUUUGUGCGAAAAGCUGUGUCAGUUGUCGCUGUGUAAAUUGUGGGCAUAGUGCGCAGGUAGUUGUAUAGUGCACGCUUCUUAUAGAGGAUGAUAAAUACGGGGGGAAGGGACGCGCGCAGAUAGAGCAAUUUACGUUUUAUAUUGCCUACGAGCAAUUGUAAAGAAAAUACUUACAUUAUUUAGCUCAUCAAUGUUGUCACUACAUGUAUAAUCUAGUACAAUGCAACCUUAAUGCAGUAGAUAAUGAAAUGCAUAAUUAAUUUGUCACGUGUAGCUAUUACAUUCAGUUAUAUUAGUCACUGCAAUGAUUAUAUAAUCUUUAUUAUACUCGUAUUAGAAUAGUUAUUAUGAUUCUAUAUUGUUACUGUUAUUUUAUUUGCUCAAUUUUCUGAAUGUUUAUGUAAGCUAGGCUUCAAAAUAUUUAGUUUUGUUGGUUUGUUAGAAUUAUUGAAUUAUUUGGAUGUUUGUGUCGAAUUUUUAUUGUAAUUUUAAUAUUGUUUUUAUGCAUGCUGAUUUGAUCGACUGAUAUCGUAUUUUGUUGGUAAAAUUUCUCUGAAUUACACAUAGUAUAAAAUUAUAUGAAAACAUAAUUAAAGAUCAUGCACAAAUUAUGCAUGUUGAACUGUGAAUCUCAAUAUUAUAUCUAUAUCAUCUUACUGUAUUGUUACAAUUACAUGUACACACAAAAAAUUUACGAAUUCACUUCAGUGUCAUAAAAUGAUCCUAUUUUUGAAAAUGUACAAUUAUGCAUUAUCCAUGACAGCAAGCGAAGUUAUCGUUUGAAUAAUUUUUGUUAUUUUUUGACAAUGUCUAACGAUUUGUUUGAGAGAAAAUGAAAUUUUAUUUCUGUGGUUAUUUUAACAUAUCAGUUGUAGUCUCUUUAGAUUUUCAUGUUUUGAUUACGGGCAAAUUUACGUGACGUGUUAUAAAUUUAUAUUAGCCUUUAUUGACAGGGUCUGACUGCGUUGUAUAAUAGUGUAAUUAAAUUCAAUUUUAGAAAGUAUGAAUAAUAAUAAUAGAGAAUUUUCUUUUAAAAUUUUCAUGUUAGCACUUGAAUUCGUAAUACUUAAUGCACCAUUUCAAAAUCCCUUUAUUAAAUUUUGUGGCUAUUAGGAUACAGGAAUCAUCAAAUACAUUAUGAACAAUGUGCGUUCAUUUGUAAAUGUCAUUCGAAUAAAUAAUAAUUUGUUUGUCGAUGCAAUAUGCAUAAGAAAAUAUUAUUUUCACGGAUAAUAAGCUAAUAUUUUGUUAUCAACGUAAAUAAAAUCUAUAUCCCCAUUACAGGUUUGAGACGUUUGGGUAAAAAGGGUUGUGUCGUUUGUUAUGCAUAUACAAUAUUCAAUAUAUUCGCUUUGGUCCCUCUAUUACAAAUUAUAACUUUAAAUGGUUCACUUAAAUAAUAAUGUAGUAAAACCAGGGUAUCGUAUCAUACAGAUUAAUUCUAUAUAAGUUCACAUGAUUGUACCUGUAGCUUAAACAGUGUAAUCCAAAUGCUUAAAUAAUUCUAAAUUAUUGUUUUCAUCCUUAAAUCAAGUAUAGGAAAAUAAAAAUGCAUGUUAUGAACAUAUACACCUACAUUAUUAUAAUUAAACUGUCUUCGAGUUCUUGCAAACUUAUGGCAUAGUCUACGAAGUAUACGAAAGUGCCAAACUUAUUGCUUAAUAUAAAGAUUUGGUCAAUUUCUUAGUAACAUAUUUGUGUAGGCUAUGCCUGAUUCUGUUCAAUAAUCAUUCAGUAUUAACGUUUAUAGUAAUUAUUGACUGAGUAUAGUUAAGAAUAAAUUUUAUGAAACAAAAUCUUUCAAUUGUCUUAUGUUACUGCUGCAAUUUCAAUAGCAUUUAAUUUUAUACUCGAGCAUUCAAAGCAAAGAGGCUUUCCUUCUCAAAAGACAUCAGCCUGCUAUAAACCCUUGAGGUAAAAAGGAUUGUUGUAUGUUUUUUUUAGUACAUUUUUAAGCUUGAAAGCGUUUAUAAGUUCAGCUUUGCCACUCCGUACGUAAUAUUAAGUACAUUUAAUUCAGAUUUAAUCGAUGUUACACAUAAAAUGUAACUAUAGAAACUUCAUACAAGCAUGUCAUGCCAUAUAAUUUUAAUUAUUAUGUAUUAUAAUGAAGUCUAUGUGUACAACAGUUUUGACAAUAUUAAACGUGCCAUUAUCAUGAUUAUCAAAGCAAUAUGGCUGAAAAUAUCUUGCUUUCUCUGUAUUAGGUAUGUGGAGUGUUUCGUGUCUAAAUGGCGCAUGCUUGUGUGGACCACGUAUAUUUUGUGUUCUUAUCACAAAUAGAUGUUCACACUUCAUAUCUUUCAAAUAUCAGUGUAAUUGUCGACAUAUCUAAUCGUUUUGUGAAUUGAAUUGAUUAAUAUUAAUGAAUUAUAAAUGUUGUACUUACGGUUACAGUAUACUGUCAUGAGGUUCAUUUCAAUAUUAAUGUUUGUUUUCUUAUGUUAAUUCAAUAAAGUGUGUAAAUGAA